AAAAUAAUGUGAUAACAAAGUUAAGAGAUUAUCAAGGACAAUUUUUUUCCCGUUAUUUAUUCGAAAACAGGUUGACAUUUGAUAGGAAGCCGUCUUGUCAGUGGUAAAAAUAUGUCAACGAAAAGAGUGAGGGUCGAUGAUGUGAGACGUUUCAUGAAAUCAUGUUUGACAUGCGUCGGUGCUCCUUCAAAUCAUGCACAGCAACUUACUGAUGUACUCGUCGCUGCUGAUGUUAGAGGACAUUUUAGCCAUGGGCUCAACCGUCUUGAAAUGUAUGUUAGAGAUAUCCAGAAUAAAACAACAGAUCCAAGUGCAGAGCCAACGAUAGUGAAAGAAACAAGUUCCACAGCCUUAGUGAAUGGAAACAAUGGGCUGGGGCCAGUUGUAGGCAAUUUUUGUAUGAAAUUGGCCAUCAACAAAGCCUCCGAUGCAGGAAUCGGUUGGGUUGUAACAAAAGGCUCGAAUCAUUAUGGCAUGGCUGGCUGGUAUAGUAUGCAAGCUCUUGAGCAUGGAAUGAUGGGUUUCUCAUUUACUAACACUUCUCCAUUGAUGAGCCCAACCAGAAGCAAAGGUGCUGCUCUUGGGACAAAUCCAAUUUCUUUUACUGCACCGGCAAUGAAUGGAGACUCAUUCGUUCUUGACAUGUCUACCACUACUAGUUCUCUUGGAAAGAUUGAAUAUGCAAAACGAAAACAAGAGCCUAUCCCUAAUGUAUGGGCGCAAGAUGAUGAAGGGAAACCAACGACUGACCCUGAGGUCGCUUUUAAAACGGCUAAUUUGUUGCCUUUAGGGGGUAGAGAAGAACACGGUGGCUACAAAGGCUAUGGGUUGGCCCUAAUGGUCGAAGCACUCUGCGGCAUUUCUGCAGGCAGUCAUUACGGUUACAAAAUUCGAGCUUGGAUGGGGGCGGGAUCAGUAGCUAACCUGGGUCAGUGCUUUGGGGCCAUAAAUCCAGAUUGCUUUGAAACCGGUUUUAAAGAAAGGAUGUCGGAUAUGAUGUCAUUCCUUAGAAACAUGCCAAAGGCAGAUGUAAAUAAACAUGUACUAAUUCCUGGUGAUCCUGAACGGCAUAGUGAACAAGAAACUGUUAAAAAUGAUGGCAUACUUUAUAGCACCAAUCAGCUCUUACAUUACGAAUUAUUUGCUAAAGAGCUUGGCGUGGAACAGUUGAAAUCGUACUAAUUGGAUGGUCUGUUGAUAUCAAAUUUAUUGUUUUACAGUGAUAAUUAUACAAGUUGUUAGAU